AUGCCUUCUCAUCACACCGAAGAAGAAGAUAAACCCUGCAGGGCAUGCAGCGAUUUUAAAUCCUGGUCUAAGAAGACUAAAGCGAAAAUCCCAACAACCAGUAAACCUGAACCACCAGCAGUACAAAAUAAAGAAUGCCCAUUAGAUAAAGAGGAGUUAGGUAAUGCGACGUGGGGUUUCCUUCAUACUCUGGCCUCAUAUUAUCCUGAAAAACCUUCAAAGAUAGAGGCAGACAAUAUGGUGAAGUUCUUUAACAUUUUCUCGCAGUUUUAUCCUUGUGAGCCUUGUGCUCAGGACUUUCAAGAAGACAUUCAAAAGAAUCCCCCAAAGACAAAAACUAGAGAGGAGUUGGCUAAGUGGUUAUGUGACAGGCACAAUACUGUUAACGAGAAGCUCGGGAAACCACUUUUUGACUGUAGCAAAGUCCAUGAGAGGUGGAGAGACGGCUGGCUCGAUGGCUCUUGUGAUUAA